CUUCUACGGACAGUCGAAUUCUUACAAAAACAUGAAACUAAAAUAUUGCAGAUUUUCCAAAGGCUUUGCUAAACAGUCAGUUGUUCACGCUUGAUUAUGUUGUCUGUUCGAUGAAACCGUACUUGGUCCAUGAUGGGAAUAAGGUGGUUGGAUUAGAGGAUGACCAAGGAUGAUGAAGAGGCUGUUAAUUCAUCAGAAAUGGUCAUGGUUGGUUUACCAGUGGUUACAUAUGUUACUUCUCCAACCCAAGCUACCCAAGUUUUGACUCCACCUACAGCUUAUGCUGAGAGAACAGACAUGCUAGCAGAAAGCAAUCCCACUGAUUUAACGCAAACUAACUUAGCAGCUCAAGCAGGAGGUGUAUUAACAGCUUUCACCCAAAAUCAAAUCCGUUCAGAUCAUACAACAUUACAAAGUUUACUGGCAACACCAUUAGCAGGCAACCAUCAAGCUUUAUUUAAUCCAUUAGAACAACAGAUACAAAUAAUAACAGUCAACAACCCCUCUGAUUUAUUGGCUGGUGGGUUUACAGAUGCUUCUGGUCGUCUGCUACAAGCUCUGCCCACUGGUCCAGGUAUCAACCCAGAAUAUGCCACCAUUAUUGCUGUUACUGAUCCAGCAGAAUAUCUCCAGAUGAAAGAUGGCGAAGUGGAAGGAGAUGAAGAAAUGGUUGAAGCCAUUAAUACAGUUGAACAUAAUGGUACUGAACUAACAAAUGUAGUAUCUAGUGACUCUGUAGCAUCAUUAUUAAUGCCACCGCCCGCAACUCCAGCACCACAAGUUUUACCACCUGAUUGUCCGGCAUGGGCUGCUAGACUUAAAGACUGUGAGAAAAUUGGUGAUUCUUACCGUGGUUAUGUAGAAAGUGAAGUAGAAUUAGAUUUAUUACUGACCUAUCAUAAACAACAGACUCAAAGUUUCUGGGGUACACGUCAAUCACCUAGUCCUGGUAGUCGUGCUGUUGUUCAAGAAUGUCAGUAUGGUCCAAGAAGAAAGGGUAAUUGUAAAACAAAAGGUGAUUCAUCAGACACGAGAAAGUUUAAACAAACUUGUCCUGCCAGAAUCUAUGUGAAGAAAGUCAAGAAAUUUCCAGAAUAUUAUGUAGAGUUUGAAAGGUUAGAUAAGAAAUCGUUAAAGUAUGCUAUGGAUAGAGCUUUCCAGGAGUUGAAACAGAGGGGCUUUGAUCAAAUAGGUCAAGAAAGGCAUUAUGUACAGUUACCCACAGAAAAAGCUCAUCAAUUUCAUGAUGAAGGUCCAUUAGCUAGUGCCAGUUGUAUUACCAUAAAACCUGAGAGUGGUAUUACUAGUUUUCCUGGUGAAGAAGAAUCCAAUAUGCCAGAAAGUGAAUGUAACAUACAUCCUAAACUAGCCAGUAAAAUACGAGAGUUAGUCUCUACGGGCGAAGUGGGUGUAUACAAUAUUAGAAAACAACUAAGAAAUUUUGUUACCAAAGAUAUGUAUCCUGGAAGUGGAAUACCAGAAAGACAUGAUUGGACAUUAUUCCCUACUGUUAAUAAUAUUAAAAAUCAUAUACAUCAAGCAUUAAAAGAUAUUGAAAAUGGCACCUUGGCACUGACCGCCACAACGGUAAAUGUGGAGAUUAUAACUAAUAGUGAUAAUAAUACAGUAAUAGGUGACACGGUUGGUACUGGAGAACCUAUAAUAUGGCCUCGUGUCAAUGGUACACCUAUACCAGAAACUGUUACAGUCACUUUAACUCAGAAUACAGGGGAAGAGGGUCAUCAUGUGAUAUCUAGAAUAGAAACUCAUCUUAGUGAUGGUACAACACAAGUUAGUAAUACCAUAACACCAGAAACAGCUCAAUUAUUAUCUAGAUUACAUCCUGGUAUGUUUCCUGCUGGUAGUCUAAUACAGACUGAAGCAGGUUUAGUUACUCAACAAAACGGUGACAUAUUAGUAGGAAGUACUAUGGUCAGUGAUACAGAUCAAACUACUAUAGACUCUACUCAAGUUGAUUGUUUAAAUACUGAACCCUUACAAAUAGUAGAUGAUCCUAUGAUGGAUGAUAAUAGUGAUGUUCAUGAUGAGGAAGAUGAUGAUGAUGAUACUAAGGAUCAUUUAACAGAUACAUCCAUGAUGAUUGGUACACUUGCUGCCACAUGUGAGAGUGGUAUGGACCCAUUAGCAACUGCUGCAGAUCUAUAA